AUGCAUAUUCAAGAGAAAGGGACCGUUACGAGCAUCCGAGAACGCGUACAGACGCUGCAGUUGGAGGAGGUCUCCCGCCAUGCCCCGCAGUACGAUUCAAUCCCUCCAGCCCCUUCGACGACGAAAGGCACUCCGCGCCUACCGCCUCGGCCGCCAGCGCGCCCCGCUAGCUCUAGUACCGUAACUACCACAACCAGAGUAACUACAACUACUAGUAUUUCUGUUAUAGCUGGAAGCUCGGGUGUUGCAAAGAAGCAAGCACCUCCACCUCUUCCCCGGCGGAAGACCAGUAUAUCCUCAAUGACUGAAAGUAUCAUCUCAGUUACGAGCACCAGCUCAAAUAAUAGCCAUGCUGGAAGCACAUCCAGUACACGUGCGCUACCACCCAUCUAUACUGGGAAAGAUUCUUUACCGGUCCAGUUUCACGAUAAGAAGAUCACAAAUACACCGCUGCCUCCCAAGCGUAUAAACAGCUUGCCAGCACCUCGGCCAACACCACCGCUUCCCACCCGUAGGACCACUACAGCGAUCCAAGAGGGUUCUAGAAGAAACUCUGACGAGGCUACUGUUGUCCCGAGACGGUUGCCACCUCCCCCGGUUCGCAAUGCUGCUCCUCCUAUUUCACAGAGACCCCCACUCCCGGCAUCACAUACAGACUCUGCUAUUGGGUCUAGUCCACCUCCAAUCCCUCGCUCUACAAGACCCCCACCCAUACCCGUCUCUAGUCGCCCUUCCUCAGGCCCAUCUUGUAAACCCCACACAGCAUCCACAUUGCCGUGUCUAAUAUGCUAUGACUACUCGGGCCCUGAUCAUCACGCCUCACUCCCACAAUUUCAACGCUCCCAAGUCCGUUCCCUUCAGACCCUAGCUAUAGCACUUACUUCUCCAUUCCCAAGUGCUCUUGAAAAAGCCCGUGUAAUAUUUACCUGGCUUCACCAUAAUAUUUCCUACGACGUACGUGCCCUGCUUGCAGGAAACAUUCCCGAUCAGUCCCCUGAAUCAACAAUACGAACCGGCCUCUCUGUCUGCGCAGGUUACUCAAACCUCUUUGAGAUUCUCUGCACCUACAGUGGCCUUCAAUGUGUAGUGGUAACGGGCCACGGCAAAGGCUUCGGCCACACUGAUCCAGCCCCUGGCGCACCAGUGCCGUCUUACAACAUGAAUCACGCAUGGAACGCAGUGAAGCUCUCGAGCAACCACUGGCAUCUCAUAGAUUCGUGUUGGGGGGCCGGUCAUCGUGGAUCGAACAACGAAUAUAAAAAGGAGUUUGCCCCCGAGCACUUCAUUUCCCCAGCUAGUGUAUUUGGGCAAAAACACUUCCCCGAGAAACCAGGACAGCAGUACCGGGAAGAUGGGCGCACGAUAAGCUGGGAAGAGUAUAUUCUGUCUCCAGAGCCCCCAAAGCUCUACAAACAGUUCACAGAUCUGUUCAACUUUAGUAAGGAGACUGUCUCGCCCUCAACCAAACGGCUUCAGCCCGGUACACGAACCCGCUUUGCGGUCUCAUUACCAUGCCAGCACCUCCCUGUAAUCAGGAAAGAAGACGAAUACGUUCUCUUUCUGAACGUGGGCAACGACUUUGACGUGAAGAACUUCUACUUGAUGCAGCCUGACGGGACAGGGCGAGGAUACGUGUGUGAUGUUGUGGUCCCACGGAAUACAAAGGUGACACUGUACUACCCAAAUAAGUUUGACGGUAAGCCCGGAAAGGGGCUGACUAGGGAGUACUUUUUGAAAAAGGUGGGCAAAUGUGGGUGGAGUUGGAGCUAUGUUGCGGAGUGGAACAGUUAG